AUGGCCAACGAGGCAGGGAUAUUGCACGUGGACAAGGAACAAGACUGCAAGAGAUUCUCCAUCGAACGGAAGGAGAACGAAACGCACUUCUCCUUCACUCGGGAGUUCGUCACAUGCGACGACGAGGACUACGAAAUCGAGGAUGGAACGACACACGUACUGUACGCCACGGGACCCGGUCCCCUGAUCAAGAUCGAGGGACUCGAUCUACACGACUACGAAUGGGGGAUGGCGAGGGUGCAGCUGUUGAAGCCCGGGAUCCCCAUCCCGCGCUUCCCGGAAGGGACCUUCCCCGUGGACGUGAGCGCCGAGAAGGUGGCCGUUCCGUCCGAGGAGACCACGUACUGGUGCCAUGUUUACAGGCUGCCGGAUCGCCAUGCCGGAUUCCUCCCCGAACAGUUCGAGCCCCGAAUCGAGAAGAAGAGCCGCGGCCUCGUGCACCACAUGGAAGUAUUCCACUGCGAGACCCGGGACCCCUCGGCGGCGAUCCCCCUCUACCGCGGCCACUGCCACGCCGACGACCGACCGAGGGAGGUGGACGUGUGCAAGCGGGUCCUGGCCGCCUGGGCCAUGGGGGCCUCUCCCUUCUGGUACCCGCAGGAAGCUGGCUUGCCGAUCGGGGGGGCGGACUUCAACCGAUACGUCAUGCUCGAGGUGCAUUACAAUAAUCCGGACAAGAUAUCGGGUAAGCCGAAAAAGUUGGUUUACAAAAAAAAGGAUGAGAUUGCUGAUGAUUGCCUUCGAUUGUCAGGGCACGUGGAUAGCUCUGGGAUCAGACUGCACGCGAGUUCCCGGCUGAGAAAGUACGACGCGGGAGUGUUGGAACUGGGAUUGGAAUACACGCCGAAGAUGGCGCUGCCUCCGCGCAUGGACACAUUCUACCUCUCGGGGUUCUGCAUCUCCGAAUGCACUGCGCUGGGUCUGCCGGAGGAGGGAAUCAUGAUUUUCGGCUCGCAGCUACAUUCACACUUGACGGGGAGGCGGAUCUGGACGAGGCACGUUCGAGAGGGGCGGGAACUUCCGGAACUCAACCGAGAUAACCACUAUUCGACGCAUUUCCAGGAGAUCCGGAUUCUGAAGGAGCCGGUUCACGUCCUACCCGGGGACGCGCUCGUCACGACCUGCCACGACAGCACGCUGGACCGGGAGAACGUCACCGUCGGAGGCUUCGCCAUCUCCGACGAGAUGUGCGUCAACUACGUCCACUACUACCCGAAGAUGAACCUGGAGGUCUGCAAGUCUUCCGUGGACUCGGAGGCGCUGGACAACUACUUCCGGUUCAUGGAACUAUGGGAGAACCAAGCGACGUCGCCGGAGAAAGACGUGACGGGGAACUACCACGCCAUCUCGUGGACCCCGCUCCGAGCGGACGGCCUCAAGUCCCUGUACGAAACGGCUCCGCUGUCCAUGCAAUGCAACCAGAGCAACGGCGACCGGUUCCCAGGCGCCUGGGAGGCCAUGCCCCAGACCCAGAUCCUCCACCCGCUUCCCCCGGCGGAGGAGGAGUGCCCCGAGGAGUAAGGCGG